AAAUGUAUUCACCAAAUGAACAUCCUCAUACAGUCCCACUUGCAGAAAACAAUCUUCAGCCAUUCUUCGUGCUGCACAAGGCAUCAAAGUCUUCAGAGUCUACUGCAAUAUCUCCUGGAAGACCGACCAAAAGAAGACUUGACUCUUCACCAAAAGUAUCAUUAAACAAUGAAAACAAGAAUGAGAACGUAAAAAUGGAAGCUUUCCAGUGUGUAUGGUCAAAAAUUGAAUCCAAGAUUAAGGAUGUCUUGAGGAGUAUAAAUGCUGACGUGUUUGAUGAGAUAGGACAAUGGGUUCGUGAAUCUUUUAAUGAAAUUUGUUCGUGUAGAGGGCCUGUUGAUCCAUCAAAGUCAAGUCUUCCAUACCCUUUUGUUCAUAAUGGUGGUUUAGUUAAAAAGCUCUUCACUGGUCUGGUAUUCACUAAGAAUAUUGAAACUGUCGAUGACAUAUUAACUUUUGCUGAACUUGGUUUAAACUUGAAAUCUCGUGGAUGCUAUGUGGCAAAUAUUUCCUCCUUGGAUUUUUCUACCAAGAAUGGCAUUGGGGGCUGUCUCAGAGCGUUUCUGAGACAAUUGCUUAUGGUUGACAUUGAAGCAGCUGAUGUUUCGCUCUUAGCAUCAUGGUAUAGUGACCAUGGCAAGCAUGAGAAACCAGUGGUUGUAAUUAUUGAGGAUAUGGAGAGGUGUUCUGGGGCUCUCUUAUCAGAUUUCAUCAAUAUGUUAAGUGAAUGGUCUGUUAAGAUUCCAAUCAUCCUAAUUGCUGGUGUUGCUACAAGUGCUGAUGCUCCCAGAAAUGUGCUCACUGCCCGUGCACUUCAAUAUUUGUCUACAUCAAUAUUCUCUCUGAAAUGCCCAGCUGAAAGGUUGGAUGCAAUCAUUGAGGCUGUUCUAGUAAAAAAUUGUGCUGGCUUCAGUGUUGGCCACAAGGUGGCGACUUUCUUGAGGAGCUAUUUUUUGAGACAAGAUGGAACAGUUACUUCAUUUGUUAGAGCCUUAAAGAUGGCAAUAAUCCAACAACUUUCCAUCGAGCCUCUUAGCUUUGUGCUCAAGCUUUUAGUUGAUGAGGGAGAUUGUAAGGGGUCAUGGUAUGAGGAUCUUGCUAAUUUGCCAGAGGAAUUGAUAAAGCAUUCUUUUGAGCUUCCAUCUUACAGGAAAUAUUCAGUAAAUCGGAAUAAUCAUGUAGAACUAAAUGCUAUGAGUCUAGGCCAUGGACUAUCAGAAAUGCAGAGGCUGCAGGAACUAUGGAGAUCUCGCCUUAUGUGUUUAUAUGAAGCUGGAAGGUACCAUAAAGUUGCAUUGCUGGACUUGUAUUUGGAGGCAUUAGAUCCUGAGUUAUACAACUCCAGGUUAUCUAAUCAAGGCUGUGAUAGUGCAAAAGAUAGGAGCUUGUUGUCAAAUAAUGAUAAACUUUUCAAGCUACAAAAGGCUGAGGUUACCAAUCAAGUCAUCCGCAAAAUAAGGGAUCUACCAGCUGCGAAGCUAUCCCAGUUGCUUAAGAGUUGGGAGAGGCUCACCAAAGGGACAAUGGAGGUUCAUGAGAAGAUUAUGGAGCUACAGUCCCAAAUGGUAUCAGAGGAUGUCAAAAGUCACAAAGCAGAAUUAACUGAUAUAUCAAAGAGACAUGUCAAUCGACGCUGUUUAAAUGUGGAGAAAGAUGCAUGCACAUCAAAUGACAAAGCUAUGACUUUAGCAGGUCAAAUGAUAAGGGACACCAUGCAGCCCAUUGAGUGUAUACCAUUUCAUGAACUUAUUUGCUUCAAGGAUGUUGACAAUCUCCAAUCAGCUUUGGCUGGUGAUCCAAGAAGAAGAAUUCAAAUUGAUCUCUUGAAUUUCUACAAAAUUCUCAAGUGUGGAUGUUGCAGCAACAGUGGUGGUACACUAUCACCAUCUAUGCAUGAUACCUCAAUAAUGUAUACACUGGCUCAAGAGCAUGGUGAUCUCAUUAAUCUUCAUGACUGGUUUCAAUCUUUUAAAGCAUCUAUUUCAAGCUCAGGAAAGAAAGGGUUGAAGAAGUUGGCUUCACCGAAGAAAAGAAAGGAGAACACCUCUUCUCAAAACAAUUCUGAUGCAUUGUUACAAGCAAGGUUUUGCAGAGCUGUGAUGGAGCUGCAGAUUACAGGGUUGCUUCGUAUGCCAAGCAAAUGGCGCCCUGAUUGUGUGCAGAGAGUGGCUUUUGGAGUGUAAUCAUAUUAUAUUAAAACUGGAAAGUUCAUUGGAUUAUGUUUUUGCCCCUCUAUAAUUAAAAUGUUGUAAAACAUAUAAUUAUAUUAUCAUUUGAAGUACAUGAAUGUGUAAUGAUUUUUUGACUUCAUUCAAUUAAUUUAUAAUUUGAUAUUAUU